CCACCGUCCACAACCCUUUCAAACUUCCGACCUCUUUAAAUCACUCGCAAGUCACACGAUAGUAUUCCUCUCGCUCUGCCAGAAACUCUCUCGACGUCCUCUGUCUCUCUCUAUCUUCUGCCAUGUCCAAUAUGGCGGCGGUAGCAGCAGCCCCCUCUACCUCCACUGCACCAAUCUACAGACCCCCCUCCCCUUCCAAAGCCCCAUUACCCAUUUCCACACUCACACUCACCCUCCCUUCAACCUUUAACCACACAAAAACCCGCUCUCUCCACAUCUCCAACUCCCUCUCCAAACCCAUUUCUUCCACCGCAACAACUUCCUCCCCGACAACCGAGAAAUUCUCAUUUCCCAGAUUUGCCCCUGAUGAACCCCGAAAAGGCGCUGACAUCCUCGUAGAAGCUCUCGAACGCGAAGGUGUAACUGAUGUCUUCGCUUACCCUGGGGGGGCCUCCUUGGAGAUUCACCAAGCUCUCACAAGAUCUAAUAAAAUCCGAAAUGUCUUACCGCGCCACGAGCAAGGAGGUGUCUUCGCUGCUGAAGGCUACGCUCGUGCUUCAGGCUUGCCUGGCGUUUGUAUUGCAACGUCAGGUCCUGGCGCCACGAAUCUUGUGAGUGGAUUGGCUGACGCGCUGCUUGAUAGCGUCCCAAUAGUGGCCAUUACUGGCCAGGUUCCGCGGCGAAUGAUAGGCACUGAUGCGUUUCAAGAAACACCAAUUGUUGAGGUAACAAGGUCCAUUACCAAACAUAAUUAUUUGGUUCUUGAUGUUGAUGAUAUUCCUAGGAUUAUUAAGGAAGCUUUCUUUUUGGCUUCCUCGGGCAGGCCUGGCCCUGUUUUGAUUGAUGUUCCAAAGGAUAUACAGCAGCAAUUGGCUGUUCCUAAUUGGGAUGUGCCUAUGAAGUUGCCUGGUUACCUGUCGAGGUUGCCAAGGAAUCCGAAUGAGUUGCAUUUACAGCAGAUCGUGAGAUUGAUUUCGGAGAGUAAGAAGCCAGUUUUGUAUGUGGGUGGAGGGUGUUUGAAUUCGAGUGAGGAGUUGAGGAGGUUUGUUGAGUUGACGGGGAUUCCUGUCGCGAGUACUUUGAUGGGUCUAGGUGCAUUCCCUGUAGGGGAUGAGCUGUCUUUGCAAAUGCUUGGUAUGCAUGGAACAGUGUAUGCGAAUUAUGCUGUGGAUAAGAGUGAUUUGCUGCUUGCUUUUGGUGUGAGGUUUGAUGAUCGUGUGACAGGAAAGCUUGAGGCUUUUGCAAGUAGGGCAAAAAUUGUGCAUAUUGAUAUUGAUUCGGCUGAGAUUGGGAAGAACAAGCAGCCUCAUGUGUCGGUUUGUGGGGAUGUCAAGGUGGCUUUACAAAGGAUUAACAAGAUUUUGGAGAGCAGAGGUGCUAGAGCGAAAAUGGACUUUUGGAGAAGCAAUUCCUCCUCAGUAUGGAGAGAGGAGUUGAAUGAGCAGAAAGUGAAGUAUCCAUUGAGCUUUAAGACUUUUGGAGAAGCAAUUCCUCCUCAGUAUGCGAUUCAGGUUCUUGAUGAGUUGACUGAUGGGAAUGCGAUUAUAAGUACUGGGGUUGGGCAGCAUCAAAUGUGGGCUGCUCAGUUUUACAAGUAUAAGAGACCAAGGCAGUGGUUGACAUCAGGGGGGUUGGGGGCGAUGGGUUUUGGAUUGCCUGCUGCUAUUGGAGCUGCUGUUGCGAAUCCUGAUUCCAUUGUUGUGGACAUUGAUGGUGAUGGAAGCUUCAUUAUGAAUAUCCAAGAGUUAGCCACUAUUCGUGUGGAGAAUCUCCCUGUCAAGAUAAUGCUUCUGAACAAUCAGCAUUUGGGCAUGGUGGUCCAGUGGGAGGAUCGAUUCUACAAAGCUAACCGGGCUCACACAUAUUUGGGGAAUCCAUCGAACGAGUCUGAGAUUUUCCCCAAUAUGUUGAAGUUUGCAGAAGCUUGUGGAAUACCUGCUGCCCGCAUCACGAGAAAGGAUGAUCUUAGAGCAGCAAUUCAAAAAAUGUUGAACACUCCCGGGCCAUACUUAUUGGAUGUGAUUGUGCCCCACCAAGAACAUGUCUUGCCUAUGAUCCCAAGUGGAGGGGCUUUUAAAGAUGUGAUAACUGAGGGUGAUGGAAGAACGAAGUACUGAUCUUCCUCUGCAACAGAUAUGUUUUCAAAAAAUUAUAUGAAUGUUCUGUGUUAUUCCACGCUGUGUCUGUUAUGUGGACCUAUAUUUGAAUCUUGUGUUGAGAUUUUAUAUAUUAAAUAAAGGGGCACUUUUCAA